AUGUUCCGCCACGGCGCACGCAGUUUCGCGACAAGCGCAAAGCGCCUGGCAGUGGCAGCCGCCGCCGAGCCCACGCAGCACCUCAUCGCCGUGUCCAAGGCGCAGGGGAUCGCCAGAGGGCUAACAGGAGCCAUCGGCAACACCCCGCUCAUCCGCCUGAACCACCUCUCGGAACAGACAGGCUGCGAGAUCCUCGGCAAGGCCGAGUUUACCAACCCCGGCGGUUCCGUCAAGGACCGCGCAGCGCUCUACGUCGUGCGUGACGCCGAGGAGCGCGGCUUGCUCCGGCCCGGCGGCACCGUCGUCGAGGGCACGGCGGGCAACACGGGCAUCGGGCUGGCCCACGUGUGCCGCAGUAAGGGCUACAAGCUGGUCAUCUACAUGCCCGACACACAGUCGCAGGGCAAGAUUGAUCUGCUGCGGCUCCUGGGCGCCGAGGUGUACCCCGUACCCGCUGUCGCCUUCGACAACCCACAAAACUACAACCACCAGGCCCGGCGGCAUGCCGAGCGAUUGGAUAAUGCCGUGUGGACGAACCAGUUCGACAACACGGCGAAUCGCCGGGCGCACAUUGAGACGACCGGCCCCGAGAUAUGGCACCAGACGGGCGGGAAGGUGGACGCGUUUACCUGUUCCACCGGCACCGCGGGGACGUUGGCGGGGAUAACGCGGUAUCUGAAGGAGGUGUCUGGGGACAAGGUCAAGAGUUUCCUGGCGGACCCGCCGGGGAGCGUGCUGCACUCGUAUAUCAGCUCCGGGGGCAAGCUGAUUGAGAGGAGCGGAUCGAGCAUUACCGAAGGGAUUGGGCAGGGAAGGAUCACGGACAAUCUGAAGCCGGAUCUGGAACUGUUGGAUGGGUCGCUGCAUAUCAGCGACGAGAAGAGCAUCGAGAUGGUGUACAGGUGUUUGGACGAGGAGGGGUUGUACUUGGGCGCCAGCUCGGCGCUCAAUGUGGUAGCGGCCAAGGAAGUGGCGGAGAAGCUGGGCAAAGGGCACACGGUCGUGACGAUUCUCGCGGAUGGCGCGUACCGGUAUGCAGACAGGUUGUUCUCGAGGAAGUGGCUCGAGACCAAGAACCUGUUAUCGGCCAUCCCCGAGCAUCUGCAGAAGUACAUUGUCCUGCCAUAG